ACCAGGGGCAACCUCAUCGGCGCAGGGGUACAUAAGGCGCGACUGCGGCUCGGAAAAGCCACCUCUGUUGAGCGACAGCAGAAACUCACGACUGCGAGAGGUCGCUUCGCCACAGCAACCAUGAAGCUCUUCGUCGCUGUCGCCCUCAUCUCCCUGGGCAUCCACGCUGAAGCCUUCUACCCUGGCCUUUACCAGUCUGGCCUCUACGGCGCUGGCUUCGGUGGUGCUGGCCUGUACGGUGGAAGCUUCGGCUCUGGUUUCUACGGGGGUGGUCUCCUAGGCUCUGGCCUCUACGGCAGUGGUCUCCUCGGCUCCGGAUUGUAUGGCAGCAGCUUGGGAAGCAGUGGCCUGCUUGGCUUGAGUGGUCUUGGCUCCGGGUUGUAUGGCACUAGCGUCCUUGGUUCCCGCUACGGCGUUCUUGGCGGACUACUGGGAGGAGUUGGUAGCCCACUGGGAAGCCUUAGCCCCCUCGGUGGCCUGAGCCCCCUCGGUGGCCUUAGCCCCCUCGGUGGCCUUAGCCCCCUCGGAGGCCUUAGCCCAUACGGAAGCCUUAGCCCAUUCGGAAGGCUUAGCCCAUUCGGAAGCCUUAGCCCCUUCGGUGGCCUUAGCCCCCUCGGAAGCCUUAGCCCACUCGGUAGCCUGAGCCCACUCGGAGGGCUCGGAAGCCCAUUGAGCGGUCUCGGAAGCCCAUUCGGUGGCUACCCCGGAUUCUUUGGUGGACCAGGAAGCACCAGAAAGUUCCCCGGUGACCUCCGUGUCCUCACCGAACCCACCUCUGGCCUUCCCCUGAAUGAGGCCGUCUACGUCGGUGUAGUGCGCCAGCGUCUGGUCCCUGCUCCAUAUCCCGUUCCACGACCGGUUCCAGUCCCAGUUCCGCAGCCAGUACCACAGCCGUUCCCAGUCGACCAGCCUGUCCCGCAGCCAUACCCAGUUCCAGUUCCCAAGCCAGUACCAAUUCACACUACGACCGAAGUGACCAACACUGCAGUGGUUGAGCCCGUCACAACUGCAGUUAUCUCUCACCAUGGACCUGAAGUGAACCAGGUACAAAGCCACGUCCCACUGUAAGCGUUGGUGACCCCGAGAAAUUUUACGUCCUAUAAAACCUAGAAAAUCCCGCUCGGCAAAUGUAUCUGAAAUAAAGAACAAUCUGUCAGAUUCAGCUCAA